AUGCAUCUUUCAACCCUUCUCGUUAAUCUUGGAAUCACGGCAUCGGCUGUCUUAGCUGCACCUCAUACGCUCCAUUCACGAGCCCCAGGUGGAGAGGUUGCUGUCUAUUGGGGUCAGAAUGGUGGCGGGACCAUCGAAAACAACGAUUUAUCCGCUUACUGUACAUCUAGCUCUGGAAUCGACAUCCUCAUUCUAGCGUUUCUGUACGAGUACGGUAAUGGGAAUGAGAUUGCCUCAGGCACAAUCGGCCAAUCAUGCUAUAUCUCGCCAGCAGGCGAGCCGCAAAACUGUGAUGCCCUUGCUUCUGCCAUCGAGACUUGUAAAUCAAAGGGCAUCAAAAUUAUCCUUUCCCUUGGCGGUGCUGAUGGUGCGUACUCGCUCCAGUCAGAGACCGAAGCUCAGACCCUUGGUCAAAACCUCUGGGCGGCCUACGGCAAUGUAGCCAAUGGCAGUGUGCCUCGUCCAUUCGGAACUACCUUUGUCGACGGUUGGGACUUCGAUAUUGAGGCCAAUAGCGGCAACCAGUACUACCAGUAUAUGAUAUCAACUCUGCGUUCCAACUUUGCGUCGGACCCUAGCCACACCUAUUAUAUUACAGGUGCUCCUCAAUGUGUCAUUCCGGAGCCCAAUAUGGAAGAAAUAAUCACCAAUGCCACCUUCGACUACCUCUGGGUCCAGUUUUAUAACAAUCCUAGUUGUUCCAACCCCAACCCAAUCAAUUACAACGCUUGGGUAAAUCUGAUUUCGGGAGGGCCCUCGGCAAAUGCCAAAAUAUUUAUUGGAGUGCCGGCAUCUACAACAGGGGCGACUGGUACUACAAGUGGGGAGGCGUACUACUUCGAACCCAGUGCAUUAGCAACAUUGGUUGGUGAGUAUGACACCAACGCCCACUGGGGUGGUAUUAUGAUGUGGAGUGCUGGAUUCUCCGAUGCCAAUGUCAAUAAUGGAUGUACAUACGCCCAGGAGGCCAAGAGUAUUUUGAACAGUGGCUCGCCAUGUUCAGGUUCUGGCCCAGGUACAUCUACGACUACGAUUACGACUGCGACUUCAACAACAACAGCUACAAAGACGGCGACGACAACCUCAUCAGCGACUUCGACAGCGACAGGGACACCAGUAGCUCAGUGGGGUCAGUGUGGUGGUGAAGGAUACACGGGAUCUACAGUUUGCGCAUCUCCUUAUAAGUGCGUUGAGGAAAGCGUAUGGUGGUCCUCUUGUCAAUAG